UCCUGUCGAAGCAUUCUGGCAGAUUUCUCUGGUCUUUCAGUGUAAUGCCUAGAUCAACCACAUAUUGGAGUGGCGCUGUUGCGCUAAAUGGCCUCCCCACUUUUGUAUAAAGACGAAGAAGAUGCCGGUUUAUUGGUGAAGCUAAGUAUCCAGUUAGAUGUCUCUGGAGAACUUUCCCCGUGUGUUUUUUUUUUUUUUGUCGCCAGUUGUCAUGAUGCCGUUGUCCUGGGGCCAACCGCUUCUCUGGGGAUUAUGCAGUAUUAAAAAAAAAAAAAACUAACCGAUAAUUCUGUUGUCUGCCUGGAAUACGGAUUAUACCAGAGGAGGAAAGUUGUUGCUUGCUGCUGAAAUCCUGGACUGGAGUAAGCUAUGCUACGGAUUUGGGGCUCUUUUCAAGUAUUUUGGAGGAUCUUCCUCUACCCCUGAGGACAAGGCACCUACCUCCUCCCCCACUCACCAGGAAGUGGAACCGCUGCCUACCUCCUCCUCAUCAGCACAAGCCCCUUCUGCUGAAAUGGUCUCAAGCCAGGAUAUUGAAGACCUAUUUGCCUCUGCAUCCACUACUCAGCUGUCAGAAAUGGCUGGAGCUAAACAACCACCCAGCCCCACUGCUGAGGAAGAGCCCAUGUCACCCUACCAUGCUGCUGAGCCCCCAUCCAGCCCCACUGCUGAGGGUGAGCCUCUGUCAACAGACCCUGCUUCAUGGCCCUCACCUCUGACUGACAGCAUGCGCACUGAACUUGUUCGCCGACGACCUAGUAAGUUGCCACCUGCCUUUAUCUUCCGCAGGAAUGAGAGUGAUGAGAGAAGUUGCCACCACCAUUAUUUUUCAAAAACAUUAGUUAGUGGCGAAAAGAUGACAAGAAGUUGGCUCAUUUAUUCCAUGGGAAACAAUAGCCUGUUUUGUUUUUGCUGCACACUGUUCUCAAAGAGGAGCUUUCAAUUAACAAGUGUCGGCAUGUCCGAUGGGAAGCAUGCCAGCACAUACUUAACUUCACACGAGAACAGCCCCGAACACCUCAACUGCAUGAUGGCGUGGAAGGAACUAGCAGUGAGGAUAAGGAAGGGGGAAACCAUUGACAAACAGGAAAUGGCACUUUUGGAUGCAGAAAGGGCAAGAUGGAGAGCAGUCCUUACCCGUCUGAUUGCUAUUGUGCAGUCAUUGGCUGUUUGAAAUCUUGCUCUGAGGGAGCACACGGAAACACUGCAUACUCCCUCAAAUGGCAACUUUCUUAAAGAGGUUGAACUUAUGGCAAAGUUUGACCCUAUAAUGAAAGACCACCUGAACCGCAUUGAGAGAGGAGCAAGCCACAACAGCUACCUAGAAAGCCAUGUCCAGAACGAGAUUAUUGGUUUGCUAAGUGACAACAUUAUGUCUGCCAUCGUGGCAGACAUCAGAAAAGCCAAAUUUUUCUCCAUCAUUUUGGACUGCACACCAGACAUCAGCCACAUCGAACAGUUAUCGGUGGUGAUUAGGGUGGUGCUGAUGGGCACACCACAGAUUAUGGAGCACUUUCUUGGAUUUUUGGAGGCAGAGGAGUCCACAGGGCAGCACUUGGCAUCAAUGGUCCUCAACAGACUCGAAGAACUGGGCAUACCUUUUCAAGAUUGCAGAGGACAGUCAUAUGACAAUGGGGCCAACAUGAGGGGCAAAUCAAAGGGAGUACAAGCCAGGCUCCUAGAGAAGAACCCCAGGGCUCUUUUUGUGCCAUGUGGGGCACACACAUUGAAUUUGGUGUUGUGCGAUGCUGCGAAGGGCUCUACUGAUGCCAUGAGCUACUUCGGUGUCCUGCAGAAGCUGUAUACUCUGUUCUCAGGCUCAACUCAAAGGUGGGCGGAACUGAAAAAACAUGUCACAAUCACCUUGAAGAUGUGGGCAGACACGUGGUGGGAGAGCAAAAUAAAGAGUGUUGAGCCCAUGCAAUAUCAGGGAGCUGCUGUGAGAGAGGCUUUGUUGGAGCUGCAGAACAACACCAAAGACCCUGUUAUAAGGGCAGAGGCUCAAUCAUUGUCUGAGGAGGUGGGGUCAUACAGAUUCAGCAUCUGCACUGUUGUCUGGUAUGACAUACUGUCCACAACGCAGCAUGUCAGCAAACUGAUGCAGUCUCCCAACAUGCAGGUGGACCUGGCUGUCAGUCUUUUGAAGAAGGCAGAGCAAAGUCUCCAGAGCUACAGGGCAAGUGGCUUCGUGGCAGCACAGAUUGCAGCCAAAGACAUUUGUGAAGCAAUGAAUGUGGAGGCUGUUUUGAAACAAAAGAGACUGAGGACCACAAAGCGGCACUUCUCAUAUGAAUCUCAUGAUGAACCCUUCAGUGACGUAUUGAAGAAGCUGGAGGUUGGCUUUUUCAAAUGUGGUUGUGGAUGCAGCCCUGGCAGCCAUUAAAGAAAGAUUUUCCACAUUGGAAAAUGUGGGAAACAGAUUUGGCAUUUUAACAGCUUUUGAAAAUCUGUCAAAUGAGGAGCUGGCAGGCAAGUGUGAGGCACUAGCCACCACCUUACAUUUUGGAGGGCACUUUCAUUUGAACAGCAAAGAGCUCGUGCAGGAGAUCAGGAACUUUCCUGACUUGCCGUCAGCAACUGUGACCCCCCCUUGAGCUGAUCACAUUCAUGCACGAGAAGGAGCUAUCAGAGAUCUACCCCAAUUUCUGGACUGGACUCAGAAUUGCUGCCACUCUGCCUGUCACUGUGGCUCAGACAGAGAGGAGCUUCUCGAAGCUAAAACUGAUCAAGACUUACCUACCUGUAAGGUCAACAAUGUCACAGGAACGGUUCAGUGGCCUUGCUGUGAUCAGCAUAAACCAAACCUUAGGGGAACAAAUCUCAUAUGAAGACAUUGUGGAAGAAUUUGCAUCAAGGAAGGCCAGAAAAGCCAACGUUUAGGUUGUGCUUUCACUUUUGCAUCCUGAAUAUAAUUGCCACUUAAAUGUAUAUAGACUGUUUUCCUCUUACUUCUUUUGCACGUCUUGUUAUUUAUGACAAAUUAUAGUGGUUUGCCAUUUUUGCCACUUUAAAGAGUGUUAACUUCUUCAUUUGUUACUUCUUGUUAUUUAUGAUACACAAUAGUGUUUAUUUCUUCUUAUGUGUACAGUAAUAUGUACA